CGUGUGGAGGCUCGCGGGAGGGACGAGCCUCGUCCUGACUGCUGCCAUUGGCUCCUGCGACGUUAUAAAUACAAGCAAAUGGCAUUUACCGGCUCAGAACAGGCGGAGACGCAGGGGGGGAGGCAGGCAGGCAAGUUGGGAGGCACCGCGACGGCAUCUGUCGCUAUCCAUCUCGACGCUUUACGCACACACAGGGACUGGACUCAUUUUUUUAUACUUAAUCCCGGCUGAAAUCAAUGAAGGAGAGACGCUCGUGUCAGAAAUUAUCUCUGAAAUCCGGCAUGGAUCCCAGUCAGAGUGUGAAGUGUAAGAUAGUGGUGGUGGGAGACAGCCAGUGCGGGAAGACUGCCCUGCUUCACGUGUUCGCCAAGGACUGUUUCCCUGAGAGCUACGUCCCCACGGUGUUUGAAAACUACACAGCCAGUUUUGAAAUCGACACACAGAGGAUUGAGCUCAGUUUGUGGGACACGUCAGGAUCUCCAUACUACGACAACGUAAGGCCCCUGUCCUACCCAGACUCUGAUGCCGUCCUCAUCUGUUUCGACAUCAGCCGCCCUGAAACACUCGACAGCGUGCUGAAAAAGUGGAAAGGGGAGAUCCAGGAGUUUUGUCCCAACACUAAGAUGCUGUUGGUUGGGUGUAAGUCAGACCUGCGCACCGACCUGAGUACACUGGUGGAGCUUUCCAACCAUAGACAGACACCAGUCUCUUAUGACCAGGGUUCCAGCAUGGCAAAGCAGAUCUCGGCGCCCUACAUCGAGUGCUCAGCUCAGCAGUCGGAGAACAGCGUCAGAGACAUUUUCCACGUGGCCACGCUGGCUUGCAUCAACAAAAACAACAAAAACGUCAAGCGCAGUAAGGCUGCCCGCGGCAACAAGAGGAUUUCACACAUGCCCGGUAGGCCCGACCUGGCGGCUGUGGCCUCGGACCUCCGGAAGGAUAAAGCCAAAAGUUGCUCGGUCAUGUGACUGAUCAGACUGAGGAGGAUAAGACUGAGAAUGAGGACAGAGCACAGCACAAGCAGGAAGCUAUGGGGCAUUGCUCAAUCCUGCAUGCUAAAGACCCCUUAUUUGUCUGGAGAGGGGUUUUAUAAGCUUCAAUUGAUGUACAUGUUACUGGAAUACACCAACGAAAACUCAGUGCGUAGCGGCGUCCCAAUCAUUGUGGCCCCCCCCACCCCACCAGACGAGGAAGCUAUCUGUCAGCGAGCUACCUGCUCGGGGAAGUGACCUGCUUCCUCUGGGAGGACAAAGCGGAUGCGGUCGAGGCUUUCCACACCAACAGGAAAUGAGCAGGAGGGGUGAUGUCAUUAGGAGAUGCUCAUUUGUAAAGGAAGGGUUUAAGAACAUGUGAUAUUUUGAACGAGAGCCAAUGGCAGCGAUGGGGGUUUGCUUGCUGCCUGGGAAAAAAAAAGAGGAGCUGCUGUUGUUUGUGCUGGAUCAAAGACUUUUUGCUCGGAGGGCUUAUACAAAAACUCGUCACUGUAGUUUGUAAGUGAUUCACUCUCACCCCUGCUCCUGUAACUGUUCGCCUGUGUGCACAGGAGGUUAGAAGAGGAAUUUCUUUGUCCCACACAAAGGAAACCUGGCACUGUUCGUCCCCUGUCUCUGAGAUGUUGUCGGUAUAAUGUGAAGUCAUUGGUGUGUAACUUCAUUGCUGUGUUAUUUUAGCUUCACCCUGUUGAGUUUCAACCAUGAUCCUAGGAGCUGAAUGAUGAACUCUGAUCAGGCCUGAGCUGUUUUAGUUCAUAACUGCACAAUUGUGUGAGUGAGACAGCCGUUCUGCGCCCGUUUAUUUCACCUCAACAGCCAUAGAUGGAUAAUGACUCUCUGAAGACAGAUCAUCCUAACUGUUCUCCAUGCCAGCAGGUUUAUGCAGCCCUCUACAUCAUGCUGGAGAGCCAAAGAAGAAAUGUCUCAAAGCUGUUUUCAACCUCUAGGAUUUGGCCAACAGUUUCAUUAGGUCCAUGUGACAAAUAAUAUGUGUAAUUUGGCUGUUAAGUUUCACCAGUUUGUUACAUUGUGUUAGAACAAGUUAGAUUAGAAAAGAAAAUCAGCUUACAUAACAUGUUUUAAACCCUUAAUGGGCCCAAAGGCAAAUUUGACUAAAUGUGUAAAAUGAGUCUGUCCUAACAGGCCAACAGUGAGUUUGAGCAAUGAAGCAAUUUUCCACUGCACUUUAGGGAGGAACAUGAAAGCAACAAUUAAAGCCAGCUUCUUAGGCUCUGAAAACAUCAGAAUUGUCUGCUGUGCAUUACCCUGAAGUGCUCAGACUGUUGAUGUUGGGUAAAAUCCUCACGAAGGCCAAGUCACCACCAGAUUUGUGUGUCAUGACCCUUCAGCCCAUCAGGCUCCUUUGAAAUAUGUCAUAAUGUAAAAUAGGUGUCAAUUUGAAAAUUAGGCAAAGUUGUGGUUUUCUCUCUCACAGCAGUGCAGUUAAAAAGCUGUUAAAUAUCAAAGGCAUUGAUGCACUUUUAAUGUAACUUUCAGACUUCCCAGUUAGCUUGUUCAAAUGUCAGCGCUGUCACAUUUGGCGGCUCAGUGGCCCAACUCUUAUCUUCAUUUUUGAAUUUCUUGUCUUCUUCCCCAUGUGCAUUUUCAUGUUUUCUUGAAUGUUGAUGUCACCUUCUGAUGUCUUUGCCAAUGUUGUUGCCGCAAUAUUUAUUGAAAUAUAUUUUCCCUUUAGAAUAAAUGCAAAUGGAAUUAAAUAGAAGUGUCUCUUCUGUUCAUUGAGAGAGAACAUGAGGUGAUAUGUUAUCACUUUAGCAGAACCCACAUUUCACUCAAAAGGAGCAUGCUUGAAUAAAACACAUUGAAUUGGGUAUUUUCUGAUCAUACUUGUAAACAGCAUGACAGAGUAACCUGAUCUCUGGCACAGAUCGUGUUUCUCUGACCACUGUUUCACACUUUCCUCCGAGCUGAGGUAACUGCAAUCAUUUCUGCACAAGUUCAGGCUGCCAUCAAGGAUGUUCUCAGUCCUUUUCAUCUUAAAGUUGAGUUCUUUUGGAAAGAAAUAAGCUGAAAUAAUAUUAUGUGGUCAAAAAGUGUUCUGCUGCACAGCUGUCUGACAUGAGUCAAAGCAGGUGCUCAAAAACAAAAAUUAAAUGUGGACUUCAGCACCUGUGUGACACAUGUGCCUGGAAUAAAGUCAUUUGGACACACAGGUGCUGAAGUCCAGGCACAUGUGCUUUGCAAUCACAGCGAUGUUACACAGCUGUCUGCUCAUUCACAGUAGAAUUUGGACACAAAAUACCUUAUAAAUGAAGGCAAAAUGUUUCUAUGAAGCCAAAAUUGAUGUGUUGUCGAAAAUGUAUUUAAAACUUCUAUGCAGCAGCUUAAGAAACUGAAAACAAGCAGGAUUAAUAAAUUAAGUUUAUUUAAAACAGGAAAUGAAAACUAAUAGUGAAUUUGAGAUACCUGAAGGUGAUAUGUGUUCCACCUUAGAGAAGGUGUAUAUUGGCAGACCUUUGGAUGAGUCAUAUUUUUUUUCUUCAUCCUUCAGCGUCUCUAAUUUGGACAAAGGGCACACCUGCGAUUUGUUGUCAUGAUUGCACAGGUGUGGCCCGUAUAGUGGCCAAUUAGCUUCCUGCCCUGUAACACUCAGACAAAGCCAUGUAGCUGAAAUGUGAUGGGAGCCUUUGUUUGCGCUCUCUGUGCAGCGGCCAGACAUGCCUGGAGUCAAAUGACUUAGAAACCAUUAUUUUGCAGUGGGUUUAUGUGUGCUUUUGGGGGAUUAUACAAUGUUUACAUUUGCCAGAUGAGAGUUUGUAACAGGAAGGUUUAUUGAUUCCCAGAGAAAGGAGCAAAAUGUUGGAGAUAAAAUGUUAGCGUGGAAUAAAUGCAAGUCAUGUCAGCCGUAAAUUCCCUGCUGGGCCCUGUUCUCUGUACACAGAUAACUGAAUUAACCAGAAGUGAUUGUUCACAAUUUGACUCAAACCUGUAUUUUUUCAGCCCUUCAAGGCUGUCUUAAUAUUUUUAUGGAGCGAUACAUUUGUAAGUGUAUGCACAAUUAGCUGGACCAAGACUUUUCACAACAAAGUUACAUGUACAGAGGCAUACAAAAGAAAAAUCAAUACUGUGCUGCUUCAGUACACAGUACAUACUGAAACAACAAACUUUAAUUGCUGCAGAUGCCAAACGGGUUGAAAGAGUUUACACAACAAUGUUAACAUUCAUCUCUUCGGCUCUUCAGUAUGACAAGAGUGUUUCCUUUCAGCAAAACCAAUUGGACUUGAGGCCUUGACUGCCUUGACAUCUCGGUGAAAAGCAGCUGAAUGGAACAAAAAGCUCUCUAUGAGUCACACUACAUCGUCUGGUCUGCUUGAAAAGCUACAGUAUCACUGCAAGCAGACAAUGUUGAACGAGCUGUGGUAAAUUCUCCAGGGCCACCGUGCAUGCAAACUGCUUUUCCUCACACAGCAAGCCUAUAUAUCAUGUAAUGACUUCAUCACAUGUAGACAGCCUGAGAUGUAUUAGGUUGUCAGAGGCAGGAAAACAGGGCUGUCAGGUGAAAAAUAAAUGUCAGAGAUGAAAGAUGCUCCAACUGUGCUGCCUGUGGCUGCAUUUUCUCUUUUUCAUUACCAUGCAUUAAUAUUCAAUUUAAGUCCCAUUUGUAAAGUCUUCAAAUUCAUGUCCCUUUUUUUCUAAGUGAACUGACAUUUUGCAGCUAAAAUACACAGAUUUUAACUUCCCCCUGGUCCCAGUCUUUGUGCUAAGCUAACCAACUAGCCGUAACUUUAUAACAGUCUACAAACAUGACAAUGAUGGUUUUCUACUCUCACUCUGAAGAGAAAAUGAAAGACAUUUUCAAAAAUACUGAGCCAAAGUUUUCCUUUCAACUUAAAUACUAACUGGCUUUCCUCUUUCACCGUUAAUCUCAAGCCAGCACUGCAACAGAUAAAGGCGCUAAUGUGUUAUGGUUGCAUUUUAAUGCAAGCUAACCGCAGACUCUGUGCGCGCGCAGGUUUUUAGAUCAUUCUGAUUGGUCCGCUUAUUUCGCGCGUCAAACACGCACAAGGUUGUUCCACCAAUUAAACCACUCGUGUUCGUGUUAGCGAAGUCAGGUGAGUUGAACCUGCAGCUUUUGUUGGCUGAAAUGGAGGAGAAGUAUAACGGUCCGUGAAAGGAGAGUGUAAGGAAGAAGCUCGUAACUUGGGGAAUUUAUUCUGCUCAAAAACUUCUGGCUCAAAGGACUCAACCCUGGCAAGUGUCCCGCUGUUAGCCAAACACGCAGCUAGCUCCGGGCUAGCAGCUGUGCCCAGUGAGAAAGAAUGGCGACAAACGUUUUCAGACUCGUUGAAGCUAUUGGACAUUUUGACUGUGGACAUUUCAUGUAGGCUGCAAUGGAUUUAAUGUCAUUUUUGCUGGACUGGACUCAGACUGACGGCUCCACGUUGUAAACAUCACUGGUGAGUUCUCUCAUGUUCAUUAUUUGCGAUGACAUUGGCUCUUCAUGGAUGCUUGCUAGCUCGUCUUUUCAAAAAUUGCGUGUUUGUUGCUGCUUGUGUUGCAGACCGCCGUGUCUGCUUGGUUAUUGCAGUCAUGUUAAUUGUUUGUAUGCUUGUAGUUUGUUGUUGUUGUGGGUUAAUUAUUGUGUGUUAGCAUGCGGCUGUGCGGUUGCUCGGGCGUUCAACAUCACUGAAUGUCAAGCUGUGUUCAUUUGUCUUCUGUCUUUGCUUAUUAAGUCCACUUAUUUUUUUGUCCUCUAGCUGACUGGGUUUUGGUUAAUUGGUAAAUCCAUGGUGCUGACCAUGGUUCUGAAACAGCCUAUCAGCAGUUGUGCU